UGCUUACUACACCAAUCUGCUAUUAGACCCGAAGAAGAGGAAGAACUCUUACUGCACUGCACAAGAAAAGCAGAACUUUUAAACUGUGAGAUUAACCAGUCAUUAACAAGCCUCUUCAGACAUUUCCCCGUUGUUAUCAUGAAGCAGAAGAAAGCGGUACGCAAACAGGCCAGGAAAGUUUAGUUUGCAAAAACUAGAAACCUCCAAGCAUGGAUGAAACCAGUGUAGAUGGAGCCAAAAUGACAGACUCUCCAGGUGGAAAUACAGCCAUUAAGAGUGAAAAAAAGACAGGGGGAAACUCUUUCUUUAGCUGGCUGUUGGUGCUGGCUUUGCUGGGGGCUUGGCUGUCUGUGGGUGUCAUGUGGUUUGACCUAGUUGACUACAACAGUGUGGUUGGUGCUCUUGGAGGAGUGUAUGAUGCUGAUGGCGAUGGAGACUUUGAUGUAGAAGAUGCCAAAGUUUUGUUGGAAAAUGCUACUCUGGCUGCUAAGGAAAAAACCUUAAGAAAAAAUAUCACAACAGAGGGAGACCAUAUCCAAGCUGUCCAUUCCAAGCUUACGUAUGAGAGACCUAAAGAAGUGGGGCUUAAAAAAGACAGAGAACAUCCUACCAGGGAUAUUGGGCGAAAGCUGAAAGCAGCUCUGAAGGAGCAGCUACGAAUUAUUCAUGAGAAGAUUGAAGCCAAAAAGAUUGCCAAACUAGCCCUUGCUGAGGUCCGUAGUGUUUUGGCUCAAGAGGAAGAGGAGAGACAAGCUGCUCUUGCUGGCAAAAAAGUAAAAGAAGAGGCAGAAGCUAAGCUUCAAGAGGAACGAAUACAAAGAGAACAAGAGGAGAAACUAGCCAAGGAGAAAGCAGAGAGAGAAAGAAUGGAGAAAGAGAAAGCAGAAAAGGAAAGACUGGCUAAAGAAAAGGCAGAAAAGGAAAGACUGGCCAAAGAAAAAGCAGAAAAAGAAAGACUUGCUAAAGAAAAAGUGGAGAAAGAAAGGGCAGAAAAAGAAAAACUUGGAAAAGAAAAGGCAGAAAAGGAAAAAAUGGCUAAAGAAAAAGCAGAAAAAGAAAGACUUGCUAAAGAAAAAGUGGAGAAAGAAAGGGCAGAAAAAGAAAAACUUGCAAAAGAAAAGGCAGAAAAGGAAAAAAUGGCUAAAGAAAAAGCAGAAAAGGAAAGACAUGAGAAAGAAAAGGCAGAAAAAGAAAGAUUGGAGAAAGAGAAAUCAGAGAAAGAAAAACUGGCUAAAGAAAAAGCUGAAAAAGAGAGACUGGAGAAAGAAAAGGCAGAAAAAGAAAGACUUGAGAAAGAAAAGGCAGAAAAAGAAAGACUGGCCAAAGAAAAAGCAGAAAAAGAAAGACUUGAGAAAGAAAAGGCAGAAAAAGAAAGACUGGAAAAAGAGAAAGCAGAGAAAGAAAGACUGGCCAGAGAAAAGGCAGAAAAAGAGAAACUCGCUAAAGAAAAGGCCGAAAAAGAAAGAUUGGCUAAAGAAAAAGCAGAAAAAGAAAGAUUGGCUAAAGAAAAAGCAGAAAAAGAAAGACUGGCCAAAGAAAAAGCAGAAAAAGAAAGAUUGGCCAAAGAAAAAGCAGAGAAAGAAAGAUUGGCCAAAGAAAAAGCGGAGAAAGAAAGAUUGGCUAAAGAAAAAGCGGAAAAAGAAAGACUGGAGAAAGAGAAAGCAGAGAAAGAAAGACUGGCCAAAGAAAAGGCAGAAAAAGAAAGACUUGAGAAAGAAAAGGCAGAAAAAGAAAGACUGGCCAAAGAAAAAGCUGAAAAAGAAAGACUUGAGAAAGAAAAGGCAGAAAAAGAAAGACUGGCCAAAGAAAAGGCAGAAAAAGAAAGACUUGAGAAAGAAAAGGCAGAAAAAGAAAGACUGGCCAAAGAAAAAGCUGAAAAAGAAAGACUUGAGAAAGAAAAGGCAGAAAAAGAAAGACUGGCCAAAGAAAAAGCAGAAAAAGAAAGACUUGAGAAAGAAAAGGCAGAAAAAGAAAGACUGGCCAAAGAAAAAGCAGAAAAAGAAAGACUUGAGAAAGAAAAGGCAGAAAAAGAAAGACUGGCCAAAGAAAAGGCUGAAAAAGAAAGACUGGCUAAAGAAAAAGCAGAAAAAGAAAGAUUGGCUAAAGAAAAAGCAGAAAAAGAAAGACUGGAAAAAGAGAAAGCAGAGAAAGAAAGACUGGCCAGAGAAAAGGCAGAAAAAGAGAAACUCGCUAAAGAAAAGGCAGAAAAAGAAAGAUUGGCUAAAGAAAAAGCAGAAAAAGAAAAAAUGGCUAAAGAAAAAGAAAGACUGGUCAAAGAAAAAGCAGAAAAAGAAAAAAUGGCUAAAGAAAAAGAAAGACUGGUCAAAGAAAAGGCAGAAAAAGAGAGACUCACUAAAGGCAAGGCAGAAAAAGAAAGAUUGGAGAAAGAGAAAGCAGAAAAAGAAAGACUGGCCAGAGAAAAGGCAGAAAAAGAGAGACUUGCCAAAGAAAAGGCAGAAAAAGAAAGAUUGGCUAAAGAAAAAGCGGAAAAAGAAAAAAUGGCUAAAGAAAAAGAAAGACUGGUCAAAGAAAAGGCAGAAAAAGAGAGACUCACUAAAGGCAAGGCAGAAAAAGAAAGAUUGGAGAAAGAGAAAGCAGAAAAAGAAAAAAUGGCUAAAGAAAAAGCAGAAAAAGAAAGACUUGAGAAAGAAAAGGCAGAAAAAGAGAGACUUGCUAAAGAAAAAGCUGAAAAAGAAAGACUGGAGAAAGAAAAGACAGAAAAAGAAAAAGCAGAGAAAGAGAAAGCAGAGAAAGAAAGGUUGGCUAAAGAAAAGGCAGAAAAAGAGAGAAAUGAUAAAGAAAAAGCAGAAAAACAAAGACUGGAGAAAUCAGAGAAAGAAAGUCUUAGCAAAAUAAAAGAUAAUGCACCAAAGGGGCAAACAGAGAAAGACGUAGAGGAAGUAAAAGAAAAUGUGAACAAUUACAAACAAGAAAAAGAGGCAAAAUUAAAUAAAAAAGCUCAUGGACAAAAAGUUGAUCAAUCAGAAAAUGAUGAGAAAAUAUCUACUCGUGGUUUACUUAAAUCUUCGAAAAAAAAUAUCAAGAAAUAAUAGUAAACUGCCAUAACUGUGAGAUUUGAUCGGGAAUAAAAACUCCUAAGGCAUUUUCUAGGAACAGCGCUGCAAGUAAAUAACUACAAAUAAUGUUACUACUAACUUUUUUUUGAGUGACAGCUGUUCAGAAUGGUAACAAGCUACUUUUUAACUAGUUGUGUAGUAAUACAAAACACUACAUUGCUGUUGGUCCCAUGGUACAGCUGAAUGAAGGAGGUAAUAACCCAACUGUCAACUCGCUGUGUUGGGAGGUUUGACUCCGUGAAUCAGUUUGCUUGGAUGUUUCAUGUAACAUGAUUACUUGGAUCCAACAAGCCAGUGGUUUUCAAUCCUGUCCAUGUGGCCCUCUCCAACUGUUCACAUUUAGCAUUUCUCCUUAAUCAGUCCCGAUUCACGUCAUCACCUUGUUAGUAGAGAUGAUAAGAUCUGAAAUGGAACACAUUCAGAAUGUGCAGUGUUGGGGGACUCCAGGA